AUGAAUAAUCUUGAUGAAUUGUUCAGUCACACAAAAAAUAUAUACGGAAGAACAUUUUUAUCGGAUCAAGAUGUAAAAUAUUUAUUACCAGUCGAUGAUUUAGAAAUCAAUCGUAAUAUUACCUUUUAUUUGUUAUGGAAAUGUGUUUGGCAAAAUGAUUUUUCUGUACCGAUCGAAGAAAAAUUACAAAACGGUUGUAGUGUACUUGAUAUUGGUGGUAUUAUUGGUGAAUCAUCAUCGUCAUCAUUAUCUAGUAGUAAGCCUGAAAAUUUAGGAUUUUUACAAUGCAAUGUAAUCAAAGGGAUUCCGUUUCCUGAUAAUACAUUUGAUUUCAUAAGACAAUAUGAAAUGUGUAUGUCAUUUGCCGAAAAUGAUUGGAAGUAUAUGAUCAAUGAAUUUGUUAGAGUGUUAAAACCUAGUGGUUGGAUUGAAAUUUCAGAAUUUGGUUACGAUCUACUAUUAGGCGGUAAAACCGAAGCUGAAAAAGGUUUAAAUGGUGAUAUUUAUAAAGACAUGCCAAAACUAUUAGAAUCAAAUCCAAAUUUAGUUGAUCAUCGAACAACAAGUAUAAAAUGUCCUGUUGGUAGUUGGGCAGGAAAUUUAGGUGGACUUAUGUGUGAGCAACUUCAUCAAAUGAUUGAGGCUAUGGUUGAUGUACCAGCUUGCAUGGAAAUAACUAAAGAAGAAUAUCGUCAGAAAUUGACAGAAUACAUUCACGACAUUAACAAGUUUGGUGGUUACAUGACAAAAUUUCGAUUUUAUUGCCAAAAAAACCCCCCUAAUAUUAAACAUCGUGCAACUUUCUAA